AUUUGAUAAAUUUGUCCAAAUAAAUGCCGAAUCUUAAGGUACCAUCUUUAUCCUGUAUAUACUUACUAAAGACUAUCAAGAUCUUUCAAUUAUUCAAGAACUUCAAUAAUUUAGAAUUUCGUACACGUAUCAACGGCUUAUGCUAAUUGUAUUCAUAAUCCUAUUAAAGAGAUAUUUUAUGAUCCACCCAUGGAUGGGGACAAGUUGAUUGAUCUGAUGAAUUCUUUCGAUGAAAAAUAGCUCAACGCCAUUACACCGCGAUUACUUGGAAUAUGCCCGAAUACAUACGUGUACACGAAAUCAGCCGCUGAAGAUAUGAUACGGAAGCAUACUAAAUCGAUACCGAUUGAAAUCUUUCGUCCUGCAAUUGCAAUAUCAACGUAUCGAGAACCUUUUCCGGGAUGGAUCGACAACAUGAACGGACCAGUAGGAAUUAUUGCAGGCAUUUUAAUGGGAUUAAUGAGAACUCAUUAUUGUGAUGGGUCGUUAAAAAUAAACUUGGUACCCGAAGAUCUAACUAUAAAUGGUCUAAUUGCGAGUGCCUGGGACAUUGCAAAUAAUCAUCGCGAUGAUAUUCCCAUUUACAAUUACAUAUCUGAAGAUAAUGUAGGAACUGACUGAAGGAACAGACUGAAGGAAAUAUUUAAAUACGCACAAUUAAUACCGUCUAAGGAAGCAAUUUGUUACUCUUCUUUAAACAUAACGAAAUAUCUGCCCGUCUAUUUAUUCUACGUGUAUUUUCUACAUUUACUACCAGCUUUUAUAACUGAUACGAUCGCAUUGUGUUUAUAUGAACGGCCAAGAUUACUCUGAAUGUAUAAUAAAAUACACAAAAUGUCGGACAAUCUUUGUUAUUUUUCUACGACUGAAUGGAACUUAACAAAUGAAAGAUGGGACGAAUUGACGAAGAAUUUAAAGUCUGCGGA